GCGGCGCAAGGAUCAGUGCGGCAGGUGAGGGCAGUGAUUUGGCGCUGCAGAGAUCACCUUGCUUCAGUGUAGCCGGCAACUGUCAGACGGGCGAGGAGAAAGAGGGAGUGUUGCUUGUUGUGUAAUUGCUCUAUACACCCAUAACUGAAGGUCGCAAUGUCUAAGUCUCAAGCAUCCGAGGCGGGGAGCGCCUUUAUCCAGACUCAGCAGCUGCAUGCAGCCAUGGCAGACACCUUCCUGGAGCACAUGUGUCGUCUCGAUAUUGACUCCGAGCCUAUUGUGGCACGGAACACUGGAAUUAUCUGCACUAUCGGCCCAGCAUCUCGUUCUGUUGAAACUCUAAAGGAGAUGAUUAAAUCUGGGAUGAAUGUCGCUCGUAUGAACUUUUCACAUGGGACGCAUGAGUACCAUGCUAGCACUAUCAAAAAUGUACGUGAAGCCACAGAGAGCUUUGCUUCCAACCCCAUUACCUACAGGCCUGUAGCAAUUGCCCUAGACACAAAGGGACCAGAAAUCCGAACAGGUCUUAUCAAAGGAAGUGGCACAGCAGAAGUAGAGCUGAAGAAGGGUGCUCCUCUUAAGAUUACAUUGGAUGAUGCCUUCCAGGAAAAAUGUGAUGACACUAUCCUGUGGAUGGAUUACAAGAAUUUGACCAAGGUGGUAAAACCUGGCAGCAAAAUCUAUGUGGAUGAUGGACUUAUUUCUCUGCUGGUCAAGGAAGUGGGCAAAGAUUACUGUCUGACAGAAGUGGAGAAUGGAGGUUCCUUGGGUAGCAAGAAAGGUAUGAACCUUCCUGGGGCCGCUGUAGAUCUGCCGGCAGUUUCUGCCAAAGACAUCCAGGAUCUGCAGUUUGGAGUGGAGCAGGGAGUGGACAUGGUGUUUGCCUCCUUCAUCCGUAAAGCAUCUGAUGUGCAUGCUGUUAGAGAGGUUCUUGGAGAGAAAGGCAAAAACAUCAAGAUUAUUAGCAAGAUUGAAAACCAUGAAGGAGUUCGUAGGUUUGAUGAGAUCCUUGAAGCCAGUGACGGCAUUAUGGUGGCACGUGGUGACCUUGGUAUUGAGAUCCCAGCUGAGAAAGUCUUCCUGGCCCAGAAGAUGAUGAUUGGCCGCUGCAAUCGUGCUGGCAAACCUGUGAUCUGUGCCACUCAGAUGCUGGAAAGUAUGAUCAAGAAGCCUCGUCCUACCCGUGCUGAGGGUAGUGAUGUAGCCAAUGCUGUGCUGGAUGGUGCGGACUGUAUCAUGCUGUCAGGAGAAACUGCUAAAGGAGACUAUCCACUGGAGGCUGUACGCAUGCAACAUGCGAUUGCUCGUGAGGCGGAGGCAGCCAUUUUCCACCGGCAGCUGUUUGAGGAGCUGAGGCGUGUAUCUCCUCUGACCCGUGAUCCAACAGAAGCGACUGCUGUUGGAGCAGUGGAGGCAUCAUUCAAAUGCUCCAGUGGAGCCAUCAUCGUUCUUACAAAAUCUGGCAGAUCUGCUCACCUGGUGUCCCGUUAUCGCCCACGUGCGCCCAUUAUUGCCGUUACCCGCAAUGAACAAACAGCUCGUCAGGCUCAUCUCUACCGUGGUAUAUUCCCUGUCUUGUACAGGGAGCCAGUGAAUGAAGCUUGGGCUGAGGAUGUGGACCAACGUGUUAACUUUGCCAUGGAGAUUGGUAAAGCACGUGGCUUCUUCAAGAGCCAGGAUAUUGUGAUUGUGUUAACUGGCUGGCGGCCUGGCUCCGGUUUCACCAACACCAUGCGAGUGGUCCCGGUUCCUUAAUCUGGUUGCCUUCCAUCUACUCAUGUUCUCCCACCCCUUUCUCGGCACGUAGAACUGAUUUUGCCCAUUUCUAAAACACUCGCUAUUCUGGUUGUGUGCACAACAGGGAGGGCAUUACUGUGUGUACACAGCACUGCAAGUCUAUUUCCUGCUGCUACUCGCACUCCCCAUAGUAGCCAACAAUCUUUACGUGCUGCUCACUCCUUAUGGGAAAUUAUGUAGUGCUGUUAGUGUUCACAGUUCCCCGCUCUCCCUUAGUAUAAGUACCCGGGUGUGCAGUAAGAAUGUCCUGUAUAUUCUCUGGGCAGCUGUGUAGCUUGUGAUGUGUGAGGAUAGGGGAAAAGCUCAUACCCUUUCGUCAUUGGUCCUUGUCAACCUUUCACUUGCAUUGAGUUUAGUGUUUAAUAAAACUAUACAAACGCA